AUGACACAUCAAUUGAUUCGUAAAUAUGCCAAUCUACCAGAUCUAGACUCGGCACCAGAUGUCUAUGAAACCCCGGAACUGACUGACGAUAACUCGAUCGCCGCUGGUCGAGAUCGCUCGGCAUCUAACUGCUCUAACAACUCUUCGCACCAAGAAUUCGAAAAUAUCAAGGAAGGGAGAUCUGGAAUUUCGAGGUCUCGACUUCACCUCGACGAGGCUCGCUCACACUUUGCAACCACCGUAGUAGACGCUCGGGGUGCGGAUUUUUCGGAUCGGUUAACUGCAAAAAGGAAAUCAUACAAGGUUUCGAAUCGUCGUCAAGCACAGUCAAGUGAUACUGGAAAAUACGGAAAUUUUAGUGAUGAAGAAGAAAUUGAAGGCUUAGCAAUAAAGUUCGCAAGGCUAAAGCGAGAAGUCGAGGAACUCAAAAUCGAGUAUGAGAAGAGACAGCUUGAGGAGAAAGACAUCAAAAGAACAAGCUCAGAAGAUUUAGAGCCUCAGGUAAACGCACUAUGCAGGGCACUAGAAUCUAUUUCAUCGAACCAAAUGUCUUCAAAAUGCAGCAAAAGUUCAAAGUUCGUCAAGGAUUUAGGGACAGGAAUCAAAGCAGAAGGACCGGCGGAGACUGCUCAAGGUGUUACUGAACCUGCGACUUACACUGUAACAUACGCACCCACUUUUCAACAAAGCCACGCUCUGGCAAAGGCAGCAAAUUUUGAUGCUCGCUUGUCGUCGCUAGAGAAGACGUUGGGGACCUAUCCUAUGGACCUUUGCCUUGGUAGAUCAGGUACCUCAUCAAACACACUUUUGCCAGCACUCGAGAAAAUGCAGCGUCAAAUUAUGAUAAUUUCUCAAACCACACCAUCCUCACUUGAUAGUAUAAGUCGCCAGAUUCGGUCACUCACGCAGGAAGCAAAAAAAUUAGAAGAUUCUAGAAAGGCUGCCAAAAAAGCUCAAGACGCUUUACAAAAUUCUACUGAAGAGCCCCUAUCCAAGAAUAACGAGGACUCAGAACAAACUGCAAAGAUCAAUGCUUUGUAUGGGAUGCUUCCGACAAUAGAAAGACUCACACCUAUUAUUCCACCUCUACUAGAUAGAUUAUAUUCUUUGAGGGCUAUUCACGCCGAUGCUGCAGGUACUAAAUCAACGCUAGAUAGAGUCGAAAUGCAACAAACCGAAAUGGCACAAGAAAUAAAAAAAUGGCGAGAAGGUCUCGAUAAAAUGGAGAAAGCAAUCAUAGAGAGAGACACGACUAUAGGUACUAAUAUGCAGACAGUAGAGAGUUGGAUAAAGGGAAUAGAGGAAAAAGUAUAG